AUGACUAGAGUUAAACGUGGGUAUGUAGCUCGAAAACGACGAAAAAAUAUUUUUACGCUUACAUCAGGAUUUCAAGGAGCUCAUUCAAAAUUAUUUCGAACAGCUAAUCAGCAAGGAAUGCGAGCGUUAGCUUCUUCUUAUCGAGAUAGAAAUAGACGAAAAAGAGAUCUUCGUCGUUUAUGGAUCACUCGAAUUAAUGCAGCAGCACGCAAUAAUGGAAUUUCAUAUAAUAAAUUAAUUCAAAACUUAUAUCAAAAUCAAAUACUUUUAAAUCGAAAAAUGCUUGCACAAAUAGCGUUAUUAGACACUAAUUGUUUUUCUACAAUAAUGAAAAAAAUUAAUGAAUAA